UCUCCUAGCCUGCCCUGUUAACUCAGGAUUCACAGUAGUUACUCUAACUUACAGUACUCUUCUAAUUCUGGCUUCAGACUUACAGGCAAACUCUAUCCCGGAUCGGAUCCAUUACACUCACAGCAACGGACUUACUGUUACCGCAGUUCCUAAAGACACAGCCUCCUGGAACACACUCGUUGCAUGUGACGUCACUACUCAAGCCGAAAACAAUUCAGCAGGGCAGGAGACCAAGUACGGCACAGACCUACAAACUUUGUACAGUAAAGUUUUCACUUCCAGCUCUGAUAAUGAGACUGUGGUUCUGUCUAAGUUUCCUCAUCGUCCUGUGCCUGGAGCAUUUUCCAGGAACCCUGGCAGCUGAAAGAAAUGUUCCAGAGAGUGAAGAAAAAACUGAGCAGUUCCUGCGGGAUUUGUCUGAGAUCAGCCGCCUACAAAGAGUUCCAACGGGGUUCACCCCUUUCCGAGGAAAAUUCCAUAGCCAGUCCCUGCGGGGUUUGUCUGAGAUCAGCCGCCUACAAAGACGUCCAGCGGGGUUCACCCCUUUCCGAGGAAAAUUCCAUAGCCAGUCCCUGCGGGGUUUGUCUGAGACCAAGAGGUUACAAUCUACACACAAAAUCCGUUGGCACGGCAAGCACUGCAAGCCGGGUUUGCUGUGUAAAAAAUAGAUUUGAAAGUAGCGUCCCCUGGUAUAAAAAUGCAUUGUUAUGUCACAUGGUGUCACCUCUGUAAUACCAGCUCUGAUACGGUUUAUUAAACAGCAGAUUUGUGCUCUCA